GAGGCGGCCUCUACUUUCGGUGACGCUCCUGUAUGCCUGUCUUUCGCACCUAACCUAUCGAGUCGGUCCAAAAUCCUGUUCGGCAUCGAUUUGUUUAUCGUCGCUCGGCAUUUUAACGUUUCUCGGUAUCUCUUUUACGACGCCCGCGAACAAAUCGGAGCGAGAUAUGAGCGAAAUUCACUGAGGAACCUCGGCAGAAGCGUUGAAUAACCUCGCCUUUUCAGGUAGUCCAAGCUGACGCGGGCUACGAAGCAGCCGCGAUGACACCGCCGAUGGAGAGAAUCCAGAUUUUGGAGACGAUCGAAAAGGACAUUAUAAUAUGUUUGCAGAGCGCAGGACAAGCUUGCCUGGAGCUCAGCAAGGAGAAAUCGAGCCUGAAGCAGGCGGAGUCGCAGACGCAUCAGUUCCUCAAGACUCUGGGACAAUUGGAAUCCAAAUUGAGCGAGCAGAUUAAUUAUCUCACACAGGUCUCCACUGGUCAACCGCACGAGGGUUCUGGAUACGCGAGUCAAAAGGUGCUGCAAAUGGCCUGGCACAGAUUGGAACACGCGCGAAGUAGAGUUAACGAAUUGGAACGUAUAAAGAACAAGCUGCGAUAAGGGCACAAUUUUCCAAGAACCUUCCCCUACCAUCCUGUUGAUAUCUUCAUUGUAAUCGGUUUUGUCGCGAGAAAUGAAAUUGCACACCAUUUUCGCUACAAACCGCAUGGCAAGGACAAUACUCGACGACUUCGCCGAUUAUGUAUCUUGUAAUAACGUGACACAAUUUGCUGAGUAUCUUCUUUUGAUUGCAGACUGUGUACAAUAUGCUAAAAAAAUACAUAAAUAAUUUCUUUACAUA